ACGCGGCGGCCAUGGAGGCGGCGGGGCUGCCCGCCGCGCUGGAGCUGGCGGCCGGCGGCGGCGCGGGGCUGAGCCCGGAGAAGCGGGCGGCGCUGGGGGCUUCGCUGCCGCUGCUGCGGCGCGACUACCGCUUCGAGGCGGUCUGGUUCUGGGGCUGCGUCCAGGGCGUGCGCGGCGCCUACUACAUCGCCCAGGGGCUGGGGACAGACCGCGCCGCGCCCCGCAGCCGCCUCUACAGCUUGGACUGUGUGGAGUGGAGCCUGCUGACGCCGGUGACCAAGGAGGUGGAGGCGCAAGCUGAGAAGCUGAAGGGCCGUUUCCAGGGGGAUCCGUCUUUUCAGUACGAGUACGCCGAGGUAAACGCGGAAGAUGCCGAAAGAUUGCUCGAAGACGGUAAGGAGCCUGUGAUCAAGGAGGAGGACCGCCUCAUAGCUACGAUAGACCAGAUAGACAGAGCAGUUGGUAUCAUCCCCCGAGGUGCGUUUGUGAAGACUCCUCUUGGGUCUGUGCAUGAAAACAGAAACUUUGAAGGUCUUUCUUUGACGGAGGCAAAAAAACUAAGUUCCUAUUUCCAUUUUACGGAGCCUGUUAAUCUGAAGAAUAAAACCCUGCUGGAAAAGGCUAACUGGGACCCAUCCACUGACUUUCUGGACUCUCUGGAGCAUGAUAUCCCACAAGGCUCCUGGACUGUCCAGCCAGAGAAAGGCGGCGCUGUGGUGGUGUUGAGGAGUCUGCUCUGGCCGGGACUGACGUUCUACCAUGUCCCAAUGACUAAGCAAUAUGGCUACGUCUACUUUGGCACUGGUGAGAAGAACUUAGAUCUGCCUUUCAUGCUGUGACACGCUUCUCUGGGAUGAGGACUCAAGAAUAUUUAGAUUUUACACUUUGGAGAUUUUGGUUAUUGCUUAUUCUAUAAAUGUGUAAAACCUCUGUA